AUGCCCAACCCGAGGGACCCUCGAAGGGUCAAGCAAGCUUGGACCCACAAUGAAGGUGGAGUUGGUGGUUGUGGUGGUGGGGAUGGUAGUUGUGGAGGUGGUGGUGGUGGUGGUAGUGGCAGCAUGGUGGUGGUGGUGGAUGUGGAGGUUUUGGAGGAGGUGGUGAUGGUGGUGGUGGUGGUGAAUGAGGAGGAGGUGAUGUUGGAGGCGAUGGUAGCGGAGGAUGAGGAGAAGGAGGAUGUGGUGGUUGUGGUGGUAGUGGUGGCGGUGGUUGUGGAGGUAGUAAAUGUGGUGGUGCAAGUGGUGGAGUUGGAUGUGGAAGUGGAGGUGGUGUCAUUUUUUAAAAUGAAUGAUGAUAUUUUGGGAAUUAGAAAAAUUCAUUAA